CUGUAUUUCCCCAUCUAGACACACACACACAGUGCAUUUCUGUUAUGACAAGAUGUCCACGGAGAGCACUGAUACCACUAAUAAGCCUACUUCGUACAUGAUGGAGCCACCUCCUAGCUAUGUCAAUCAAGGAUUUGACCCACCCAGGGGGGGAAUGAUUGGGUUUGCUAAUGCCUCAGCUCCGCAAGUCCAUACCACAGUGGUGAACAUAAUUCCUGGAGAAUUGUCGAUACGAGACCACUUGCCCUGGUCCGUUUUUAACACCUUUUACAUGAACUUCUGCUGCCUGGGUUUCAUUGCAGUUAUUUUCUCUGUAAAGUCCCGGGAUCGGAAGGUGAUUGGAGACAGGAUUGGAGCCAUGAGCUACGGUUCUACUGCCCGUAAUCUCAACAUUGCCGCUACUAUGUUCACCGUCAUUACUAUUAUUAUUGUGUUAAUCAUGUUACUUUCUGCACCCCGGCCACAGAGAAUAGGCUAAUAGUGAAGACGAUCGAGCAGCCACAGCACGUACCCAUCCUUCAUCCUCAUCAGUUGGAAGGAAAGUCCACUUCUGGAGUUCUUUUUAUAUGUUGCAACCUUAAGUUCCAAAAAUAAAUGACAGUUUCCACAUUUACCAUUUAAAUUUCUUAUUUAGCAUUAAAGUGGAUGUUCAUCAUUAUAUUGAACAAUAUAGAUGGACCUAUUCUAAGCUUCUUUUCCACCACGGCACGUAAUGUUACAGAGUUUAUUUCAAAGGUCUGAUAAUGAUGUAUUUUAUGGAAUUGUUACGGUGGGGCAUGACCCCCCCCAUUUGGGCUGAAUGACUAGAUUAAAUUUGAUCCAUCUA